AUGGCUCGAAUACAGUCGUCUACCUCUCCUCCCCUACCGUUGCAGUCCUCGUUUCCGCAGGAUCCCGCCGAUUUCGAUGUCGAUUCUCGAAUAUCUUUCGACAAGCUCAACCAAAAGUUCAUCCUAGAAAUUGAAGACGACAAAGGGCAACCCUUAGAGUUCGAAUACGACGACGGCAUCAAGAGAUGGAUUCCUGUGGUGGACGAUAAUCUAUUGGAACAACAAAGAGCGGCCUAUGCCGUACAAGGUGUCGACGAGUCAGAGCCAGUUCAGGCUGGAAGGAAGAGAAAGAAGGCAGAAUAUACGAACGGCGAGGAAGAAGUAGGAGGCCGUCCAAGCAAGAAAGCCGCUCCGACCAAGCCAGCAGCAGAGCGCAAGAAUACGGCAGUCUAUAUCACCAAUCUUCCUGAAGACACUGACGUCGAAGAAAUCCAACGGAUCUUCUCACGGUGUGGCGUUAUUGCUGAAGAGAUUGAUGGACAUAAGCCUCGCAUAAAGCUAUACACAGACGAUCAAGGCAGCUUCAAAGGAGAUGCGCUAGUGCUCUACUUCAGAUCUGAGAGCGUCAGUCUUGCGGUACAGAUGCUUGACGACACGCAACUUCGGUUAGGAGAUGGCCCAAAGAUGAAGGUUGCUGCCGCAGAUUUCUCCUACAAGCAGCAGAAAGAGGCACCAGCGCAGAAUAAUAAGGGGUUCACCAAGGAGAAAAGAAAAAUAAUCAAAAAAACUCAAAAGUUGAACAACAAGCUCGCCGAUUGGGAUGAUGACGACCCUCAGACACUUCAGGAAACCUCAUCGCGAUGGGAUAAGGUCGUAAUUCUGAAGCACAUGUUCACCUUAGCAGAACUUGAGGAAGAUCCAGCGGCGAUCUUAGACAUCAAAGAAGACAUUCGCAGUGAAUGCUCUAAGCUUGGCCCCUUGACCAAUGUAGUAAUUUUUGACCGCGAAGUGGACGGGGUGGCGACCGUACGUUUCUCGAAUGAAGAAUCUGCUGAAGCAUGCGUACGGCAAAUGGAUGGUCGACACUAUUCCGGCAUGGUGAUUGAAGCCCGCAUUGCCGACGGCAGUGAGAAGUUUAAGAAGACGAAGGAAAAGAUGAGUCUAGAUGACGAGGACGGAGAUGACGAGGGAAAGAGAUUAGAUCAAUUCGGGGAAUGGCUAGAAGGCAGCAAAGGUGAAGCUACGGUUGACAAUGGUGGUAGCUCAUAA